CAGAGAGGCUGCGCCGAUACAUAUGUUUGAAAUCACACCAAAAUUGUGUAGUAUGUAGUCCAGAGGGACAUCACUCUGUUGAUUUGACUGGGUGUAAGUAGGGAAGGAUCCAGAUAAAAGUAAAGGAGGAAACAUCCCGUCUCCCUCUCUGUGAGCAUGGCUUCGGAGCUCCACGACACCAUCUUCACUGCUAAACAAGAGCGCCACAAAAAUCUGUUUCUUAACUACAGGAACCUGAACAUCUUUCCUGUGGAGCUUUUAAAAGAUGAAGGUCUGCAGUUCCUGGAGAGGCUUUACAUGAAAAGGAACUCCCUCACAACUCUGCCUGAAAAUCUAGCACAGAAACUUCCCAACCUGCUAGAGUUGUACCUGCACUCAAACAACAUUGCCAUCAUUCCACAAGCUAUUGGCAACCUGGUAAAACUGCAGUCACUAGAUCUGAGCGAUAAUGCCCUGCAGGUAAUCUGCCCCGAGAUUGGUCGCCUGCGCUCCCUACGUCAUCUGCGCCUGGCCAACAACCAGCUGAAAUUCCUUCCUCAAGAGUUGGGUGAUUUGAAGGAGCUGGAGAUCCUGGACGUAUCCAUGAAUCUGCUUCGGACGCUCCCAGAGCGCUUACACAAGUGUGCGUCCCUGCAGUGUCUGACCGCCGACCGCAACCUGCUGCACUGCCUCCCGCGCCAGCUGUGCCAGCUGCCCGAGCUCAACGAACUGUCACUGGCUGCUAACUGCCUCAGGUCACUCCCUCUGGAUCUGGGCCGCUCCAUGGAACUGCAGUUUGUUUUUGUGGACAACAACGUUCACCUCAAGGGUCUGCCGUCCUACCUGUAUAACAAAGUGAUCGGCUGCAGUGGGUGUGGUGUUUCUCAGCAGGUCUCUGAUGUAACAUUAUCUGUGACGGCUGGAGAUCUGAGCGUACCUCUGCCCGCUGAAGUGAAAGCUAUGGGUACAGAAGGGGAGCGGGUGUUAACGUUAGAGGAGAUGGCGAUGAGAACACUUCAUGUAGCGUUCAGCAGGAACAGAAAGGACUCGGCUUUCUUGCCAACAUUCCUGCUGCCCAACAGUUUAUCUGAGCUGUUACACUGCCCGCUGGGUCACUGUCAUCGCUGCAGUCAGCCCAUGUUCACUAUUGUCUAUCCCAAACUCUUCCCCCUCAAAGAGACGCCGCUGGCCGGAGUGCACAGGAGGACGACUGUGAGUUUCAUGGCGUACUGCUGCUCCAGUCAGUGUUUGCAGAUGUUUAACCUGCAGAGCUGAUAUCACCAGUUACCCGUUACCCAGAAUCAUCCUCCAUGGUGCUCAUCUGAACACUCAACUCAAACAUCUUGGACCCUCUGUGCACCCCUAAGGCACUUAUCUAACAUUUUAAGCACUCGUUUAGAUCAUCUGCUGGCAUUAAUCAGGAUGGGCACUUGUUCUCACAGUGUUUUAUUAAAUGAUGAGUGAGAAUGCUUUUA